GACUGGAUUUGAGGUCACAAGUCAAAGUUCAAGGGCAUGGCUAAAGUUGUCACUGUUUUCGGAGCAACAGGGACCCAGGGAGGUGGGGUGGCCAAUGCCCUGCUGGAGGAUCCAGAGUUCAAAGUUCGAAUAGUGACGAGAAGCGCCUCUAGCGAUAAAGCUAAGGCACUGCAGGAGAGAGGUGCAGAGGUCAUUGAGGGCAAUUUUGACGAUGCCAGCUCUCUGGAGCGGGCACUGCAGGGUGCCCACGGAACGUUCGUGAUGACUCAGCAUUCCUUUGAAGUUCCAGACCCUGAUCAACUGGAGAUCAAGCAGGGUAAGGCUGUGGCGGAUGCGGCCAAAGCUGCCGGUGUACAACAUGUGGUGUUCAGUAGCCUGGAUCCCGUACAGAAGACCAUGGGGUUCCCCUGUCUGCACUACGACUCUAAAGCACAGAUCGAAGAGUACAUGAAGUCUAUCGGCCUUCCUGUUACCAUCGUCAAGUAUCCCGGCUACUAUGAUAACUACCUCUCCCUCCGCCCGAUUAAAAAGCAGGAGGAUGGGACUUAUGAACUAAACUUCGCGAUGGAGGGCGCUGCAGAGCACGGUGUCAGCGUUACCGACGCGGGUUUUGCCGUUAGAGCGAUCUUCAAGAACAGGGCCGAAUGGCUGGGCAGGACUGUCGGCUUCAGCGCAGAAAAACUCACCAUCCAGCAACACGCAGACAUCCUCUCCAAACACCUGGCACCGAAGGUGUUCAAACCGACAAAGAUGACGUCGGACGAGUUCAGUAAGCUGCCUUUCCCGGGAGCGAAGCACCUCGGCGACAUGUUCAAGUUCUUGCGCCUGGGAAACCCCGACUACAGCCCGGAGCUGACCCGCCAGAUGCACCCGGGCACCAGGGGCCUGGACCAGUGGGUGGCGGACAACAAGGAGGCGCUGUUGAACGCGAUGUCAAGCAGCACGACGUGAAAUGUAAACUGCAUGCGUAAGCACGUGUGUGGACGGAGAGCUCGAGACAUCUCAGCAAAGAUCAGUAGAUGUGGCAAAAUUAAGUACUGACUAUCAUUUUCUUAAUGUCAACACUUUUAUUCUGAUAUAUUGCAAAAUGUACUGAUCAUUGUGACAGUCUUCAUGAUCAACAGAUGACAAAGAGCGCCAUACUAGAUGGUGGAAACGGUGUAUGACCUGACAGGUCACUGAGAGACUUAGUUCGGACAGAAGACGUCCAUCAUUUUUAUCAUCAAGUUCCUUUAACAAUAAAAAUAUAAUACUUGACCGACGAGGAAAGCAUCUCUUUAUUCGCCAGAUAUAAAAUUUUAUUGCAGUAGUCAAUCUGUGGUAAAUAAGAAGAAAUAAACAACAGUUCUAGGAUUAUACAGUUUAU